CUCAGAGCUAAGCUUUUUUACCUCUAGAUUCAUGCAAAGAAAGAAGAGUGCUUAUUCCAGCUGAACUCCAAGGUGUCAUAAAUCUACAGCUUACCUUGAUGAAUAUACUGAAAUACUCAAGAUGGGUAGCAAUGGUACCAGUAAUGCUGAGACUGACUGCAAUGUUACCAAUGUAACAUUUCACUACUCCUUGUAUGCAACCACCUAUAUCCUGAUAUUCAUACCUGGUCUUCUGGCCAACAGUGUGGCUCUGUGGGUUCUGUGCCGCUUCAUCGGAAGGAGAAAUAAAGCCAUCAUUUUCAUGAUCAACCUCUCCGUGGCUGACCUUGCUCACGUGCUGUCCUUGCCCCUCCGGAUUUACUAUUACAUCAGCCACCACUGGCCUUUCCAGAGGGCCGUUUGCCUGCUGUGCUUCUACCUGAAGUAUCUCAACAUGUAUGCCAGCAUUUUCUUCCUGACGUGCAUCAGUCUUCAGAGGUGCUUCUUUCUCCUCAAGCCCUUCAGGGCCAGAGACUGGAAGCGUAGGUACGAUGUGGGCAUCAGUGUUGCCAUCUGGGUCGUCGUGGGGACUGCCUGCUUGCCGUUUCCCAUCUUAAGAAGCACAAACUUGGCCAACAACAGUGUCUCCUGCUUUGCUGAUCUUGGUUACAAGCAAAUGAAUGCAGUGGCUUUGGUUGGAUUAAUUUCAGUUGCUGAGCUUGCAGGGUUUGUAAUCCCAGUGGUAAUCAUUGCAUGGUGUACCUGGAAAACAACUAUAUCCUUGCGACAGCCACCAGUGGCUUUUCAAGGGAUCAACGAGAGGCCAAAAGCAUUGAGGAUGGUUUUCAUGUGUGCUGCAGUCUUCUUCAUCUGUUUCAUUCCCUACCAUAUUAACUUCAUUUUUUACAUUAUGGUAAAGGAAACCAUCAUUAGCAAUUGUUCCAUUAUCCAAAGCACGCUCUAUUUCCACCCUUUCUGUCUGUGCCUUGCAAGUCUUUGCUGCCUUUUGGAUCCAAUUCUCUAUUACUUCACAGCCUCAGAGUUUCGUGAUCAACUAUCUCGGCAUGGUAGCUCUGUGACGCGUUCCCGCCUCAUGAGCAAAGAGAGUGGCUCAUCAAUGAUUGGUUAA